AUGCAAGUGGAUACCCUAGACCAAUUCAUUGAUGAUCUCAUGGCAAACAAGUAUUACAAAAGCAAGAUACCUUCCACCAUUUUAAAUUCAUUGAUUACAAGUGCAAUUGGUGCAUUACAAAAUGAUCCAAUUGUAUUAAAGCUAAAGGGUCCAAUUAAUGUAUGUGGUGAUGUUCAUGGUCAAUUUAAUGACCUCCUCAGAGUGUUUCAACGUGGAGGCAUGCCAAAAGAUUCAACUUAUCUAUUUUUAGGUGAUUAUGUUGAUCGUGGGCCACAAAGCUUAGAAGUAAUUUGUUUACUAUAUGCUCUCAAGAUUAGAUACCCAACAAACGUCUACUUAAUUCGAGGAAAUCACGAAAGUCCAGAAAUGUCUGAAGUUUUUGGUUUCUUAAACGAAUGCAAAGUCAAAACCACUGUGAAUAUGUGGGUUAAAUUCUGUGAUUCAUUCAGAUACCUUCCAUUAGCAGCUAUCGUCAACGACACAAUUUUCUGUAUCCACGGCGGAAUUAGUCCGGAACUUAAGACUAUCGAGCAAAUUACAGCAUUUAAGAGACCACUUGAUAUUCCCGAUGAAGGUCUUUUAGCAAACAUCCUCUGGUCUGAUCCAAAUGGACUUAUUGAUACAUGGGGUCCAAAUGAACGCGGUACAACGGUCUGCUGGGGACCAAUAGCUGCUAAGAAGUUCAUGCAGACAUCAGGAAUGACCACAAUCAUAAGAGGCCACCAACUUGCGAUGAAUGGCUAUGAUUUUCCAUUCGGAUCUGAUAAAUCGGUUAUUACUAUAUUCACUGCUUCGAAGUAUGCAGGACAAUGCAACAACAAGGCUGCAUUCCUCAUAAUUAACGCAAAUUCUGAAAUUUUGUUCAGUAUCUUACCUUCAUGGAACCCUGUAAUUCUCAAGGCUAGGGAGAAUAAAGUGCAUCCAGGUACUCCAAGAAAACGCGCUUCUUUAUCUCCUCGUUCAAGAUUAGUUUACUAA